AUUCAACCUUCCACGCACUCUGUUCGGCCUAGACACCUGAGGCCACCCUUAUGUGCCCAUGUCUGCGUCGUGGGAAGCCAAUGACCAGUUGGCCAGGAAAGAAAGACUGGCGCGUCUGCAGUACUGCAGUGGACGACUUGACCCGUUCUCCCAUCUCGAUCGUGCCAGAGAGUGGACGCUGUCGCCAGCUCGCAGACAUAUCACUCCACUCAUACACGUCAGACUCGUUACGUGGCAUACAACCGGCAUGUACGUCGUUGCUCUUCGGUCCCAUGUACAGAAGGAGUAUGAAAUGCCCGUCGCUGCACCGCAGUCUCGACGCGCGGCGCCAAUGUCUUACUUUUAUCCCAAAAAUAUACCAAACAUGAUGUUUGGAGAGGCAUAACAAAUACAAGGACACUGCAGCCAGCAACUGGACCUUGGAGGCCCAGAGGCGGGCUUGAGACGGCUUUCUUUUCAAACUCACUUCUUACUCGCGACCGAGGAUCAAAAGCAGUAGUUGUAUAGAGCUGGCUGAUCGUCCGAACAGUCGUCAAUGCAGAAUCCGCUU